AUGCAACACGAAGGAAAUACGGAGCGAAAAUCGAGCAUGGGGAUUCGCAUUGAAACCGACCAAGAUGGCGUUCCUUUCAUACAACUCGGAUCGUAUUGCCUGCGAUUAGACUUGGAGGAAUUGAGCGAUAGAGACAAGGAAAAGGCUCUAACCGAACUCAACGAAACGCCCGAGAACGUACAAUACGCACUAGCCAAACUGCGAGAACUGAUAUCGAACGAGCCGAAUUUGCGGGUGCCCGUCGACGUCGACGAAUUCCUGGUGAAGUUCCUGCGACCCUGCAAGUUCGCCCCCGAAACGGCCUUCAAAAUAAUGCGGCGCUACUACAGGUUCAAAACGAAACACCCCAAAUACGGCGUUCGCAUCACCCCGAACUCGGUCCGGCACGUUUUCGACACCGAAGUGUUCAAAAUCCUGCCCACCAGGUCGCCGGACGGCAGCAGGAUAUUCAUCAUGAACAUCGGCGCGAAAUGGGAUCCGAAAAAGGUGACGCUGGAAGAUAUGUUUAAAGCCGUUAUGGUGACGAUGGAAAUCGCCAUGCUGGAGCCGAAAACUCAAAUGGGCGGGGCGCACGUUGUGUUGAACAUGGAAGGAUUGUCGAUGGUGCAUUUUUACCAGUUUAGUCCUUUCACGGCGAAAUUGAUAGCCGAUUGGGUGCAGGAAUGCGUGGCGGUUCGAUUGAGGGGUAUACAUAUCGUGAAUCAACCCUAUAUAUUCAACAUGUUGUACGCGAUAUUUAAGCCGUUUUUGGGCGAGAAAUUGCGAAAAUUGAUAUUCUUUCACGGAACGAACAGGAAAUCGCUUUUAGAACGGAUAUCCGCCGAUUGUCUUCCGGAGAAAUUCGGCGGCAACGCCAACAUACCGAACUACCCCGGUAGUUUGUUCUCCGACAUGCUCUUUUACUACGAACACGAUUUCGAAGUUUACAAUACAUACGGAUACGCCAUAGCGGAGAAACCAUCGAUAGAUUCCAAUUCCACAUCGAGUUGA